UCUUCGACGGAAAAGCAACCGGAGGCGACUCGGAAACGUGGACGUAUUCCACACAGCGCGGCGGAUUAACAGAGACAUGCAUAAAUCCCGCGAGCAUAACGUUGGAAAUGACGUCAACGGGCGGAUGAAAUUUUUCAUCAAGCGCCACGGACAAUACCCUCUGGAAAGGUCUAAACGAAACGAGGAUAAACAUGUAGAUCAGAUAGAAAAACGCAAGAAAGCAAAAAAGAAAAGAUGGUGGACACAGGGGAAAUAACGAAGACACCCUCGCCCUUGAAUAUUAACGAGGCGAUCGAAGGGGAGGUGCUGAAUCAAAAGACUGCUAGAAUACUUAAGAACGACCUUCUGUUAUACGAGGCUGUGAUAAAAAAUGAACCGGAUACCGUUCGCAAAGUGCUCAAAGAGACCGUCGACGUUAAUUCCAGGAAUAAUUACGGUCGAGCGCCAAUUCACUGGGCAGCGUCCAGGGGCAACACAGAAAUCAUCGAGAUGCUGAUACAAGCGAAAUGCGACAUCGAGGCCAGAGACAAGUUCGGCAUGCGCCCGUUACAUAUGGCUGCGCGGUAUGGACAUAGAGAUGCAGUGAAAAUGUUAAUCAACGCCGGAGCGAAUGUAUCUGCUGUGAACAAGAAACAACACACUCUCUUAAUGUGCGCCGCUCGAGGCAACAACGUUCGCGUCGUCGAGUAUCUCGCGGAAGCUGUAGAAUCGUUGAACGGGGAUGCAGUCGACAGCACCGGUGCAACUGCACUUCAUCACGCGGCUAGCGCUGGUCAUCCGACUAUGAUAACGACGCUUUCCAACGUGCCGAGAAUCGAGUUGAAUGCCAUCGACAAAAAAGGGCAAACACCGUUGCACUGUGCCUGUGCGGAGGAACAUCUAGAGGCUGUGGAGGUUCUAAUAGGACUCGGAGCUAAUGUAGACGCACAGGAUAACGAGGGGAACACCUCGCUUCACGUGGCCACACGAACGAGGCACACUGCGAUAGCUCAAUUACUAUUAAGGACCGGAGCAAACACUGAAUUAACAGACGAAAUGGGUUUCACUCCCCUUCACGUGGCCGCCAGCCAAGGCUGCAAGGGGAUAUUGGAUUCGAUGAUCCAGCAUGGCGCGGCACUCAACAAACAAUGCAAGUAUGGGAACACACCUUUGCACUUGGCCUGUCAGAACAACGAAGUAGAGACGGUCGAAAUAUUGAUUAAUAAGGGCGUCGAUCUAAAUUGCUUGAACACGAGAUUACAGUCGCCGAUACACAUCGCUGCAGAGAUGGGACACACAGACAUUUGUGAGCUGUUGCUAGCAGCAGGUGCGAAUAUCGAGCAAAGGGAACAGAGCGGCAGAACGCCACUCUACAUCGCGGCGAGGGGCAGUUUCACGGCCAUCGUCGACAUGAUAAUCAAAACCGCGAGACUCGAUUAUCCAACACCGGAGGAUUCGACGUCCGAUAAGGAAAUCCGCGACCUGACGCCGGCUAGAAGAAGAUGGCGAGAGGGAUCGAGGGGUGGAAGUAUUUCAAGUAACAACAGCGCGCUCCCCGAACAAAUUAGAUCGGUUUUAUGGAAGCUGGCGUACAAGCAACUCGGACCCGAGGACUGGAAAAAAUUGGCCCUCCAUUGGGCCUUCACGUUGGAGCAGAUCCGUGCGAUUGAGCACCAGUACACGGCUCCUCUUCUAGGUCCCUCGAGUUACAAGGAGCACGGUUUCCGGAUGCUGAUGAUCUGGGUGACGGGACUGAAUCCCGAUGCCUCAAUAGAAAAAGAGCUUUGCGACGCUUUGUCAGCAGUGGACAAAAAAUCCGUUGCCGAAUCCGUUCGUAAGCAUUUGGAUCAGGAGAAAGAUGGGAAGGAGAAGACGAACAAGCAGCGGUGUCACAAAUGUUCCAUCGCGUAAAUCUAGUUCAAUACCUUCGACUCGCUUCAAGGGCGGAACUAAAUCUAAACAAUUCGGGGAACUUUUAGAAGACAAUUCCAGCGACGCUCGAAGCGUGACGUUUUAGAAUAGAGGCAUAAAUCUUUUAACUUUUUGUACAGUAUGUUUUAAUACACCGUCACGUUUUCUAGCGAAGUAGUAGAUACGAAAAAAAAAUUGUCAACGAAACAAACUUUCAUCUAAUCAACGAAAGCUUUUGAUGUACAGCGAUAAUUUAAACGAUGAGACGUAAAUGAAUCACACGAACGUACAAAUUGUGGGCUUUGAUUAUUUUAAGUGAACCAGCAGAUUGUUCCUGAAAAAUACCAGCUUUUUAUAGGACGAAGUAGUCAAUCUUUAUUUGACUUGAGAAAAGUUGAGGGCCGUCCUGUUUCAUUUCACUUUCAAUUUAAUAUUUGUUCAGUUAUCUGAUCAAAUCGUAUUAUGAAUUUGAAUUAUGAAACAUGCAAAUGAUAUAUGUAUAAUACGUACCUUGUUCAGAGCACGGUCGUAUGUCCAGAGUAAUUACGAUGACGAAGGCGACGUUUCACAGGGCUUUUGAUGUGAUAAAAGACAGUCUUAGAAAAAAUUAGAUACAGAAAAAGAGAGAGAACGUAUCUCGAAGCUUUGUUUAAUUCGAGAAAGACAAUCUACAUAUCCGAACACCGUGUACAAAAUAAAUAAGUGCGUAAUUAGAACUAUAUACAUAUACGUAUAAUGUUAAAUAUUGAUACUUUUAAAUAGUCGUAUCUCGUUCAAUCAUCGGCAAUGUUAACGCGCUCAAUAGAAUUAUUCAUUCAAAGGAACAAAUUGAAUAUAAUUUGUAUCUCUCAACGAAUUUUAACAUUGAAGAUUAUAGUAUUAACUUCUUACCAUGCUACGCAUACUUGAGCUCAGUGUAAUAAAUUUAUUCCAUCUACAA